UGUAAAAUAAGAGACGCCAAGGGUAGUGAAAGUAUACAUAAGCUAGUGUUUGUGCAGUUUGUUGGAUCAGCUGUAGGAUGCCUAUAUUAUUAACGCUCCUUCACAUCGACUCCGCUACAUGUUCUAAAUAAUGUGUAGCAUACUAAAAUACACUCAGCGAAGGAGAGAAUAUUCUAAUAAGUGCAGUGAAAUAAUAAAUUCACUUUAAUUCAAAAUGAUCAGGUUAGGUAUUCUAGUAGUGGUGGUUGUUGUUGCUUUCGCUCAAGCGUGCAAUUUCUCAACUCUUAAGAGACUUUUUAAUGAUGAUCAAAGCAAGGCAUAUAUGGUGAAAGGGCAGCCAUUGCUAAACGAUCAAGGAUUAGAAAGCGAAGCAAAAAAAGUUUAUCGAACUUUUUUAACAACAUCAAGUUUUGCUCAAGUCAAUCGAUUGGAUUCUUAUUUCAGCGAAUGGACGUUAGCCACAUCUUUGACUCGACCUUUUGAUACAAUCGAACAAAAAAAUGCUGCGUUUAAAGCUUUGGAGAGAUCUGAAAAAUUCCACGCUCAGCUAGUAUUUGAGUCCAUGAUAACUAAUCGAGACGACGCCGAUGAUGUACAAACAGCAAUGAAGUCUGUCCUUUUUUCUUCGGCUGCCGUUAAAGUGAACAUGUAUUUUACUGGGGAUGAUGAUAUUAUACAAGGUUUAGCCAUCGUGUCGCAGUAUAAGGAUGGUAGCUUGUAUUUUGUGACACUUAUUUCAGAUUAAAGUGCCAACUUGG